AUGGAAGCGUGUGGUAGCUCGCUGACUGACCUGCUCGACAAACGCCGACGAUCAGCUGCCUAUUUGGUGCAUCCCCGAUCGAAUACAGUCACCAGAUAUUCUGUACCGAACUCAAAGCGACAUAAUCCUAAGUUCUCACUUCUUGACGAUGAGCACUUCCUGCCGAGAGGGGCGAGCAAUGGCUCGUUGAAGUCAACAACCAAAUCACAGAUCAUCACAUCGCUUUCGGAAACACGUUUCCAAAAAUUUUGUCACUAUUUGCAGUACAUUUACAAGAAGUCACACAUUCACAGCUUCUUUCCUGUGCUCAUAUUGAUAGCGUAUUCGUUUCUUGGUGGACUCAUUUUCUACACAAUCGAAUGUCCAAACGAAGAGGAACUUUUGCUUGAGAAGAAAGCUUACAUUGAUGCUGAGAAACGUACGCUCUUCUCGAUUAUUGCUGACGUCGAGCACAACGUGCAACUGAUACGUGCCACUCAUAACACAACAUCAGCAAUCAAUGCUCAACUCAGACAAUACAACAAAUUCGCUUUGAAUGUCCUCAAUAAGGCUGCCUAUUGGUAUGCGUUGAGUGUUUAUUAUUUGACUGAUCAUGAAAGUUAUAAGGCGUCUGUACUGCACCCUGAAUCUCCGGAGAAGUUAUGGCAAAAUCAAUUUGCAACAAAUUUUGGACGGAUCCAUGCUCUAAGAAAUUAUACAGAACAGGUGGGUGGAUUUUGUGAUCGUGAAUGA